UUCCAACAACGAAGACUAACUAGAGAGAGAAGCAGAGUUUGGCUUGGCUUUCGUGCUUGCUUGCUGGGUUUGCUUACAAGCCCUGGUUUCUGAGCCAAGGAAGAGAUUGCCUAUCUGCCUUCUUCUUCGCCGCUGCCUUCCAUUAAUGAAUGCUCUGCUGCGGAAUUCUUGCCCUCCCUUCUCUUUCUCCCUCGCACAGAUUGAUUGCAACCUCUGAGUUUUCCCUCCUUGUCUUCUCUUCUUCUUCUGUGUCUUUCAAGCGAAUUUUCUCGCAAUGCUUGCCUUCUUGGUGCAGAGUGUCGUGGUAAUGUGCUGUGCCGGCGAUUCCGUUAGACGUGGUUGGCGUGAGUGGUUGCAUUACGGCGGGUAGAAACCGAAGCAUGUGAUGGACUCGACCUUCGCCUUUUUCCCAUGAGGCGUGACUUUUGGAGAGAUGGAGGUGCUGGGGUUUUUGAACUAUCCCCUCGAUGCCGUGUUUAAUUUGGUAGGAGAGGUCGCUACUUGGUUUGCGAGGCUCUAGGGUUUGCAGAGAGCUGAGGAUUUGGAGCGUAAUGUCUCACUUCUCUUGCAUUUACUGGAUGCAUUUCGCGCGGUUUGGAGGUCAUCUUGCCUUCUCCAGAUAUAAAAGAUGCUGAAACUUAUUUCUUCACAAUUUUUGCGCGGAGCAUCCCUUAGCUGAGUGAUUUUAUGCAUCAGAGCUGUAUGGUUCGGAAAUUGAAAAGUACCUUGUCCUGUCUGCGUGCUCGGGAUACAUUCGGAUCGCACUGUGGCUCGCUUUUGGAGGCUAAUUUUGUUUUCCGGCGUUCGAAACUCGGAACUCGGAACUCGAAAAAUAUUCAGCCAUGUAUUGACGGAUAUGUUCACGUAACUGCGUAGGGUGCUCCUAUUGCUGAAGGCAAGGGCGGGGAUGUUUGUGACACACUUUUGUCAGAAUGUGUGCAGCAUGCACACGGUUCCUUACAUGAGAUACAUUACGACUCAAUCACUUCAACAAACACUAUGAAAGAGGCUAAGGUGGAGCUGUCCGUUGACCUUCCUGUGGACCCACGUAUCGUAUCCAGUUCUGUAUCGGAGGGUCUAAGUAACAAUCGGGUGGCAGGUUCUCUUCACGCUAGGAAUUCUAGUGCUGGAUUGACCUCUCUGAAGAGAACCCACCAGGGUUUAGAGGAGGCUCUAGUUGUCAAGCGCGUUAAACUAGAGAGUGGUGCAAGAUCCUCCCAGAAGUCAUUAAGUGAUGACGUUAGGAAUCUUGCUGGACCUCUUAGAGAUAUUGCAGACCGUCUCAAACAGCAUUCUAUUCUUGGUGGGAACGGCGAUCAGUACAAUGAUGAUCAGAAUAUGGACGUGGGAACUGGAGAUGGUGGGCAUGUUGUCGUUGAUAAGAAGGCCAACUCAUCUGUAGAACCUAUGGAAGUGAACCCUAAUCAACAGUUAACGUCUGUCAUAGAUGCACACAUUGAACGCACAAAUCAAAGUUCACUUUUAAAGGAUCGGGAAAUGGACAAUGGUUCAUGCCAAAAUAUGGUGGCAGAUGGUUUAAAUGAGGGUAGCAAACAAGCUUCAGCUUUAGCGAACAUUUCUGAAUCUAUCGGUACUCAGACUCGUACAGAUCUUUCUGAUCUUUUGAACGAUUUAUCAGCCGACGAUUCCGAGGAUUUCGAUGAAGGUGAGAAUGAAGCUGGUUCUGAAUUGUGGAGGGAAUCUUUUGGUGAUGCAUUAAUAUUGAAUACUAUUAAAAAUGAAAAUGAAGUGAAAAAUACUUCGGCCGAUGUUGAAGCUGAUGUGCAAGGAGCUCAUAAAGCAAGUAGAAAGGUAGAGCCUCCUCCAGAUGUCGUGAUGCUGGACUCCGACAGUGACGAUGAUGAUGACUUGCACAUAAUUGACGAACCAGAUAAGAGCAUCCAGUGGAGAAGUGCUGUGAAGUCUGAGCCCGGAAGCUCAUGUCAGUUGGAGAGGGGCUCUCAGUUGGGAAGCGCCGUGAAGUUUGAGCCUGGAAACUCAAGUCAAUUGGAGAGGAGUUCUCAGUUGGGAAGCACCGUGAAGUUUGAGCCUGGAAACUCAAGUCCAUUGGAGAGGAGCCCUCAGUUGGGAAGCCCCGUGAAGUUUGAGACUGGUAACUCAAGUCCAUUGGAGAGGAGCUCUCAGUUGGGAAGCACCGUGAAAUUAGAAGUUAGAAGCACAAGACAGGUGCCGGAUCGCGAUGCAGGGGAUAAUGUAGGCGAACGCCCUGUUUUAUCUUCAAUAACUACAUCUGGAGGCUUUCAGCAUACUUUACCCAGUGCGCCUCAAACCUUAGACGAUGUUUCUGUUCGAGACAUUAAGUCAUCGGUUGUACCUCCGCCUACUGGAACUCCAUCCCCUGGCUAUGAACACAACCUGGGCGUUCCAUCGGAUCAGAGUGUUCCUCCUGCACGGCGACCAAUAUCGGAUAGUUUGCACUGCGAUGGCUUUCAAACUCUUGGUACACAAGCGAUUCUUCAUGCUAAACAAGCGGGGACCAUGCUUCAAAAUACAGUACAGGGUGGGAAGCCAACGUUGGGCAUAGCUCUACAGUUUCCACCAACCAAUAAUACACCGGACUUAGCAACUGCUGGGAAUAUUCAGCCAUCAGGCAUGGUAAGGGACAGCCAAGUUCAAGCUGAUCAAGCUGUUCCACGUGUUUCAAGUACGUUUGAACAAGCUUGUCAUGUACGGGAUGGCGCGUCUUCUGGAGAGCAAGUCAGGUCGAGCCACGGUGGGGGCCCUCCAACCAGUACUGCAGUUGUGCCUUAUUGUAGCGGUUCUGCGAAUAGGAUAAGUUUAGGGCCAUUUAGCAUGCACACGGCACAGAUGACUUCAGGGGAUGGUUGCACAAAUAUUUUACAGAAUAUCAAUGGCAUAAAUGAAAAACAUAACUCACGGCAAAGUCAAGCAUGCCCCCCGAAUAGUGCAGAUUUAUCAAUAGGUGCUAACAAAGUUGAACCCAAUUUGUAUCAUAGCGGCAGCCUUGGACCCCAGAAUUACCCAGUCCACAAUCAACUUGCUUUGGUGAAACAAAACUACGAUACUACUGUCAGCACCCCCAGAUUUGAGGUUGCGCGUGCAUUACAGCAGUACCAUAAUUAUAUCAUCAAAGCUAAACAGGAUCGAGCAGAGCAGUUAUCUCGGAGGGAAUCGACUACAAAUGAAUCUGUAAAAGAGGGAUACUCAAGGGGACUGGAAUGUCGACCAGAUAUCGUGGCUUACAAUGAAUUAAAGAAGAAUAAGGAAGAUGUGAACCCAGGCGUGCUUGUGGGCGACCUUCCAGGUGUCGAAGUAGGCGACAAAUUUACAUAUCGACAUCAGAUGGCUGUCGUAGGGUUGCAUCGCUUGCCAAAUGUGGGAAUCGACUACGGUUAUACUUUUCCUGAUAAUACCAUUACUGCCACGGCCAUAGUACUAAUGCCCAAGGCAGGUUAUGUUGAUGAUGUAGACAAUGGCGACACAAUUCUCUAUACAGGACAAGGAGGUCGUCUGAAACGCAAUCAAGGUGCUCCUUUUGUUUGUGAUCAAAAGUUGACCAAAGGCAACCUGGCAUUAGCUACAAAUCAUGACCGAAAGUUGCCUGUCCGAGUUAUUCGAGGGCAUUCUGACUUAACCAACAAAAGCACUUCCCUCCUGGGUUAUACAUACGAUGGCUUAUAUGUGAUCACUCAGUAUGAGUAUAGUACUGGUAUGAAUGGCUUCAAAGUCUACAAGUUUACAAUGCAGAGACUGGAUGGCCAACCACCUAUACCACCAUGCCUUCCAGGGUGCACUGCGCAUUCAUGGAACGAUGCGAAAGGUGCACUAUCAGCGCAACCUCUCCAGGUAGUGGCCCCUGUUCCCAUGGAUGAAGUGGAUGUGAAGCAAAUAUGUGCUCCAGGGGAGCACGUCCAUGCAUCCAGUAGUCAGAAUGCUCCUCAAACAUGAAGGCGCCUUCUGCUUGAAGUGGUGACUCCUCGGAAGUCGAGGAAAAAAAUUUCACCAGUGAUAUUUCAUUUUUCGGAUUGCGGGUUAGCACUCAGGCACCACGUAGCGUUCCUACCAGGGUAGCUGACCAGACCGAUUUUUAAUAAGCUGAUGACCCAAUGUAAGUAAUGGGUAGUUGACAAUCAGGCAGCCACUGUACAUUAGAGUCAUUGAUGUCACAGACAGUCACUGAUGUCAGAGCCACUGCUGUCAAUACAAGUGGGUUUUGUCACAUACUGGCCCAUAUGCGUAAGUGAAGUGGCAGUGUCAUCCCCGGUCUAUGCAAUGGAGGUUUCGUACAACUCCCUUAGAUCUUUCACUUUUUUUCAAAACUCCUGUUUGGGGUUGAGUGGUCUUUUCAAUCGGUGAAGAUUGGUAGGCAUUAUUUAAGGUUGACAAUUCUUUUGGUCCCCAUCACUGGUGUUGGUUUGAAAAACUAGGCGAAAACAGGAAUUGAAUCUGGAUUCUGUUUUUUCAA